CCAGAAUCCCUUAGUGCCUUUGUCAGAAGCUCAUCACACCGAUAUUAAUGGAGCCAACAGAUCUCAUCUUCCCCCACUCCCAACUGGCAUCACUCCUCUGCUUUCAAGGGAACUUUGCCAAGCUGUGUCCUGGGGGAUUUCCUCCCAGCAUAAUGAAUAUUAGCAUAUAAGACACUGAACCCUCCCAGUGAGCGGAGGAUUAAAUGCUCUUUUAAUGGGUUAUAUGCAGUUCUUAGGCAGUUGACAUGGACACUUUCUUGAGCAAAGAUUUGAACCAGUAAAUGGAACUGAACAGCAAACAUUUUGCAAUUUAAAAAAUUGCAGGAUUUAAAACGCUGCAGUGCACUUAAGGAAUAAUUGUCUAAUGGCUGAGAAGGCUCUAGGAGAGACCCUGAACAGCAGUGUUCUUAGUCCUGCACUGGGUGUCAUUGUCCCACAAGCAGCUGAAAGCUGAGUGCAUGAGGGACACUGGAUGUCAACGAGUCCAUCCUCUUCCUCACCCUCACAUUUACACUUGGGAUCUUGGGGACUUGUGCAAAGGUUGCCUGGGCAGUCAGGGGUCUUUGUCCUUAGAGGCGUGUGUGUAUGUACUGAAGAUGGUAAAACAUAGUGUUGAGAUACAGCAGGUGGGAUGACAGAUGAGUCUAAGGGAACUUGGAAACACUCUGAAAGAAACCAAAAUGCUCCAUAAGGAGAGGAUCCCUGCCUGGGAGGAAUGAUGGAGCAUCACAGCUAAGGGUUCCCCACUGAAAGGCCAGACAUGUGGUAGGAGCCAGCACUGCCCACCAGAGAGCGAGACUCGGUCGUGCCGCGCAGCCCAGGGCGCCGCAGGAGGGACGGGACAUGUGCCGCAUCGGCUGCCUCCACCUGGGACUCCUCUUCAUCCUCAGCGUGACCAGCACAGAUGCCUUUGCCCGGGCAGGCCGCAGGGUCUGUGCCGCGGCGCCGCAGGGCCGGGCGGCCGCCCACGCCGAGUCCCACGUCCAGCCCGUCUACCAGCCCUACCUCACCACCUGCCAGGGCCACCGCCUCUGCAGCACCUACAGGACCAUCUACAGGGUUGCCUACCGGCAGGUGAUCCAGGAGCUGCCCCAGCCCGUGGCCUCUUGCUGUCCUGGCUGGAGCAGAGCUAACAGCUACGCACUGGGGUGCAACAGAGCUCUCUGCUGGGUGCCAUGCCAGAACGGUGGGAGCUGCACCUUCCCUGGGAGAUGCGCCUGCCCACCCGGCUGGACGGGGCGAGCCUGCCAGACAGAUGUGGACGAGUGUGCCAGCCAGAGCCACGGGUGUGCUCAGCUCUGCAUCAACACGGCUGGGAGCUACCGCUGCGCCUGCCGGGACGGCUUCGGCCUCGCUGCCAACCACAAGGCCUGCCAGCCCCUGGUGCCAGCCCCCGAGCCCCCCUUCAGCCAAGCAGUUCUCCCCACUGAAAUGAAGGACGAAAUGAAAGACCUGAAGAGCAGAGUGGAAGCGCUGGAGCAGAAACUCCAGUUGGUUCUGGCCCCGUUCCUCAUGCCAUCUGUGCCAGAGGACGUGGGCACAGACCCCAUCAGCCGUCUGUCCCACUCCCUCCAGCAACUGGACAGGAUCGACUCCCUGAGCGAGCAGAUCUCCUUCCUGGAGGAGCGGCUGGAGACGUGUUCCUGCAAGAAUGAACUCUAACUGAGCACCCAAGGAACUGGAGCAAGCAGAGUACAGCCAGAGCUCUUACCUCCUUGGUGAGGAUGAAGCCACAUCAUCUACAGGGAAGGCACAGGGUAGCAGGAGAAGGCUGGUUUCUAUCAGCAUCUCCAGCAUUUUCUCUUCCAAUUCACCUUAUCAAAGAUCAUGCAGUUACUUCCAAACUUGACUCUUGAGCCCUCAACACCUCAUCCCCUUCCUGCUGGAGGGGCAGAAAAUAAAUGCCUUACCUCGUGCUGUUAGUGCCUGUCUGGCUGUACGUGGAGCCGUGUGGUGCUCAGCAUUACCCUGGGGCAUCAUCUCCCUGUGGAGCACAGACCUGUUCCAGGCAGGACAGCUUCCCACCCUGCCAUGCUCCUCCUCCCUGCUCCCACCCAAAGAUGAUGUAUUUGGACUCUCCUGUGUUCAGAGGACUUUGGCCAAAAACCCCUUGUGGCAGAGGGGCAGCCCCGAGCCGGGCAUCACGGCAGGGGAUGGGUGCAACGCGUCCCUGCAGAGGUACUGAGCUGGCUGAGGGUGCCCAUCCCUGCAGGUCCUGUGCUGCUCUCAAGGACCAGCCUCUCUCCAUGAGCUCUGGAGGUUGGGAUGGUGCUUCCUAGCGUGGCAGCUGCUCUGAAAUUACCUGCUCUUGCUCCCAGACCUCUGCACCAUCCCCAGGCCCUACGGAGCAGCAACAAGGAUGAAGCUUUUUCACUUGC